AAGUUGUAUAAAAUUUUUGUAUAUUUACAUAAUAGAUUUUUUCGUGUUUUUUCUUACGUUUAAGAAGAAGUCAUUUAUUGGCAAUGUAAAGUUUGUGAAAUUAAUGAAGAUGGAUUCCAUCGCCGUUUGCUCUCGUCAAAAGGGUGUCUUUUCAUUGUUAUCAAUAGUGAAGGCAUCGAUUUUCGCUGUAGUAGCUGUUUUUGUUCUGUGUAUGCCCCUCGGCGACCCGAGUAACUACUGUGAUUAUAGUGAAACAGAUCCUGCAGGACAAGGCACAAAGUGCUCUCUUUGCGACGUUUAUUUCCUAUGGACUAGACUGGCGAGAAACACUGCGAGAGCUAUAGAUUUCGUGUUCCGUGCACUGAAAACCGUUCUCUAUCAGACUAAACUGAAGAUGUAUUCGAUUCUGGAAAAGAUUGACAAAGAGGACUUAUGUCGAUCAAUCUGUUGUUCUGAAAGUAUCGAUUCUGGUGAUCACAGGAGGGGGUCAUGCAGGUGCAAGAGAAAAUGCAGCAGGAUAAAAUAGCGCGGAAACUAAAGCGGAACUAUUUGUUAUAUUGAUGAAACAAGUCCAAAAAAAUAAGAAAACGAGAUUUGUUUUUUGAUUUCUAUUUAUGAGAGUAGUUGUUUCGAUUGCGAAACAUAUCAAACCACACAAGUAUAUAAUGAAUGCUUGAACUGUUAAACAUUUACGACGCGUUUCGAAACAUCGACUAAUACUAAAAAAAAGCGAGCAAAGAAUUUAUUUCCGUUCAGAAAUCAUGUAAAGUCGGAUGGCUAUAAAUUUUUUUUAUAUCGUUUACAAUUCUCUAUCUUAUGAUAUCGUAGUCGGAGUAUUUUGGUCGCGUUUAUUUUUAGCUUAUUGAGAAAUUUAGCGACGCCAUGAGCUACAAGAAUCCGCUUUAUGUUUCUUUUAUAUUGAUAUUUUUUGCUGUUCGAGCCGCGAAUGGUCUUAAAGCAGGAGAGGAAGCGGUUGAUGAAGUUAUUGAAGAUGAAAUAACUCACAAACUUGGUGAAGACCUGCUUCAGAGUCUCGAGAGGAAGUUUCAGGUUGACCUUGAAAGGUCCAUGGAUAUGGUGCUCACAAAGAUAAAAUUACUGCUGCAAAAUGGUACGCAGCACAUCCAGGACAAACUGGCUCAUAUACAAGAAGCUUUGGAUAUGAUGAAGGUCAAUGGAGAAAACCAGGUGGAGUCAUGUCUGUCAAAGAAGCAGAAUGAGACAUCAGGUUUGGCGGAGAAGGCGCUCCACCAGAUGGUGGUGUGUGGGUACGCAUUGAUAGGGCAGGACCCUGGCCAGGCUGUCCGUAAAGUUGGGCAUUUGAAGAACAUGAUAGGACAAGGCAUUAAACCGUUACUCGAACAAAAGAAAGAGAUUUAUAGGCUUCUAAAAGUCUGCGGACAUGACCACGACUCUUUGAAGAAGGUCAUAAAAUGCGUCAUAUCGAAGUCACCACUUAUAAAGUCAACUAUGAUGGAGAUCAGUGGCAAAUUAAUAGAUGGAGUUGUCGAUUUGACAAAACUAAUGGCCCAUGGAGCGAUGCAUGAAGCCUGCCUCAUUGAAGUCAUUAAAACUAUAGAGGAUGAGGCUUCGGAACUCGUCAAAGAAAUCGGGAAAUGUGCUUUCGGUGGCAGUCUCCAGGACGUCGAUAACUUUAUCAGUGACAACAAUGCAACGAUAUUGGAUGUUUCAAACAAGAAAGAUAAUGUUAACGGUACGAGAGCCACUGAAAUGCAAGACCUGUUGAGGAAAAUGCUACGAGGUGAAGAAGAACAGAGGGAAGAAAUAAAAAAACAAUUUGUUAAUCUUAAGUCUGAGGACACGAACGUGGUCUAAAGAAUUUUUUGUUGGAUUAGUUUGUUUCUUUACUAAACUUCUUGUGUGGCUUACAGCAUCGAUUUGAUCUUUAAAUCUUUAAUUACUCUCCAUACGUUAAACACCAAAUCUAAUAAUAAUUUAAUAUGAAAGAGGUCACUUGUGAAACAUUUACGUUUACUAUAAAGAUGAUAACGUCCAGUUGUGUUUACAUUGCUAUAUCUGUUAUGCUAAUUAUAAAUAUGUUCGAAGCGGGGCCGUUAAUGUAUUUCAAAGAUUCGGUUUAUUCUUUUGAUAUCAAAGUGGCUGUCGAUUUAAUAAAUUUCUGUCUUAAA